AGAGGAGCAUGCGCAAUGAGGUUGAAUAUGUCGGCUCGCCGUCGGGAAGCUGUGUAGUAUGUUGCAUUUAGUAUAAUGACGUAAAAGCAGUUUAGAAAAUAUAUUUUGAACUAUCCGUUGUCAAUAUGUCGUUUCAAGACUUGAUAGGACCUGCUCUACCGCCAGCGUUUAGAAGGACGGAGGAUUCUGAUGAUGAACGGGACUUUGCCGGCCCCGCUUUGCCUCCCGGUUACAAACGAGGAGAACCGUCCAGCUCAUCGGAUGAAAGUGAGGAAGUGGUCUUCAAAAGAGUCAAGACUGGGCACACGACUGAAAACAAACAUGCUGAGGUGGAGAUGAAAAAGACUGAAGACGACGAUGAUGGAUUCUUUGGGCCAGCUUUACCACCAGGUUUUAGCAAGAAACAAAGUUCACCAGAGAGAUCACUUGUGCUGGGACCAGCGUUACCUCCAGGGUUCCGCCGUGCUGUGUAUGAUAAUAAUGAUAACGACAGUGAAGAUGGAGAGUGUAUACCAGGACCUGCCUUACCCCCAGACUAUCAGGCUGAUCCCUCCAGCAGUGAGGAAGAUGUUGACUAUGUUAUUGGACCCAUGCCAGCCAAAGGCCCAGUUGAAAAUACAGUGGCUCUGGACAUUGAACGCAGGGCACAAAUGAUGAGAGACAAGCUGACUAGAGUUGACACCCCUGAGGUGCCAACCAGAGAGACUUGGAUGACAGAGCUUCCACCAGAACUGCAACACAUUGGUUUGGGGGCUCGUACUUUCAAGAAGAGGUCUGGUCCGGAGAAGAGCGACCGGUCCAUUUGGACAGAUACGCCUGCAGACAGAGAGCGCAAGGCCAGGGAACACCAUGAGAAAAAGAAAAAAGGUGAGGCUGAGAAAGACAGUGCCCCGCAAAUCUCUCAAAAGGAUUUGGAAAUGGCAGAGAAGGUGUCCAAGUAUAAUAAUACUAAACGCUCAGAAUCUUUGCUGAGUUUGCAUACAAAGAACUUGAAGGAAAAAGCAAAACAAGCUGAGGACAAGCCGGCAGAGAGAAGGGCAUUUGAUCGGGAAACUGAUCUGCAGGUGAACCGCUUUGAUGAUGCACAGAAGCAGCGGCUGCUGAAGAAAUCUCAGGAACUGAACACACGCUUCUCCCACAGCAGGGAUCGGAUGUUCCUGUAAGGACAAUGUUUACAGUUGUCUUAACCAAAACGGUUAAUCUGAUAGCUAAACUAAACUGGAUCAAAUAAACAAUUAUUUUGAUGAUGGGGAUUACAUUAGGGCCAUUGAUACUGAUCCUGUGCUAGGGUGCAGUCCAUCUUUUGUACGAAUAGAACAAAAUAAGCGGUCUGGAAAUGGAUAGUUUGUGUUUUCCCAGAUGACUUAGUGUUUGCAAUAUGUGAGGCAAUGUUACUUCUUCUGACACCGAUAUGUCUCUAGAUUUAAAAAUAUAUAUAUAACAAUUACAUUCACUAUAAAAUGGUUUACUUGCUGGCAUUGAAAGAUAUUACAAAACAAACUUUGAAUUUUGUCUGACUCAAUUGUUUUUGUAAACUACAUGUUCAUUUUCAAAAGUCUAGCAAUUUCACUCUUGAGUCAAUCAUUUGGUGUACAGUACAUGCAUAACUUUAAAUAUUUUUUUCUGUAUCAGGUAAGUGAGUUAAAUGAUUUUGGAUCACAUCAUUUCAUACAAUUGAAAUGUGCUGUGUGGUUUGAGUCUAAUGUGGUUCAUUCGGUUUUGUAAAGGGGUACUUUUUUUGUCAUAAGAACAUGCAAUUUGAUUUUUUGUGAGAGAUGAGCGAGAAACAAUUGUUUAUGCACAUGUGAAUGAGCCUAUUUAGAGAUUAAAGUGAUAAUAGUAAUAACUUGUUUCACUGAAGGUACAUCACCAUUGUUAGAACAAAAAAUAUUACAAUUACCAAAUGAUAACACUUUUUGUGAAAAGGAUUCAUUUAACUUCCUCCAUAAAAUGCCACUCACGUAAAAAAUGUAUCUCAUCAACAAAUGUUAACAUUUAUUUAUUGAACUGA